CGCCGCAGGCAGUCGCCGGAGCACGCCGCCUCUCGCCUCAGGCCGCACGCCGACGCCGACCCUCGCGGCCUCGCCGGCAACGCCGACCCCCCUCAGCCUCGCCGACGCCGCCACCUCCUCGCCACUCGCCCGCUGCCAAUCGUUACCUGGCUCUCCGCCACCGCCACCCCGCCUUCCACCUCGCCCGACGCCGCCGUCUCCUCGCCCCUCGGCCGUACGGCCGCGCUGCUGGUCCCCUGCACUGGCGGCAGGCAAGCAGAGGGCUAGUCGCUACCUGCUGAGCGCAUGGCGUGAAGCAAAAUGUGGGUAAAAAAUCGGAAGUUUCUGAUUCCGUAAAUAAAUAUGCAUGAAUCCCCUGGGUAUAGAAAUCCAAUUCGUACAAAAUAACCUUACCAAAAUAAAGCGGUUAGUUAGGUUUAUUUUUAAUUUAUGUGGUCAAAUCGGUUCCCAUUUACCAUACCUGAAGUUUUGAUAGACCAAAAUAACCAAACUGCAUUACACGUACUAAUCGACUGCCCAGGCCUAUAACAAGGUGUCAGUAUACUAGUAUGUCAGGUAUGGUAUAUUGAGGUUCACAUUCAUUACAUUAUCUGGUGUCAUUGGAUCAUUUGUUAGAUUAUGUGAUGCUGUUGGGUAUAUCAUUAGUAUAUUUCUAUGGGUUGAAUGAAUGCACACAUUGCCUGAUUGCUGCCCUCUGAAUUCAUUAAUUUUCGUGCAGUCCCUGAUGAAUGAUUUUUCUUUUUGCUGAUAAGUUAACCCACCUUGAAUCUUCAAAGCAUUUGCCUAUGAAGACUAAGAAAACAGCGAACGGAUCAUCUUGCAAGAAGGGCAAGUUGUUUGAUGGUCUAAUUAGUAAACACGCUUCAGAAAUGGAUCCAUGUUACAAACUUUUCCUGGAAAAUUUGAGAGAAGACGGGAAUACUUAUGUCCUUGAUGUACCAAACGGGGACCAUGGCAUGCCUGUUUCUGUACGGUAUGAGGAGGAUGAUACGUCCUAUGGGAACACAAAGGCCGAGACCCCAAAUUUUCCCCAUGGUUCACUGCAUAGAAGUCAGGGUGUUCCAAAUAGCAAACGACCUAAUGUAAAAGCAUCUAAUGCCAGUGGAUUUUCACCAAAGAGAUCACAUGUGAAGCAGAAGAAGACCCCAUCAGCAGAUGAAUCUUAUGAGCUAUUUCUUAGCCUUGUGAAAUUCAAGGAUGGUUUCAUGGUUAUUGAACCAGAACCAGGUGUGUCCAUUGUAUACGAGCAAGAAGAAGACAUGCCUGCUAGAUAUGAUGAAUUGAGAACUGGCAGUUCCAGAAAUGAACCAGAGCCUUUGGUGGCUCCACUUGAAAACAUGGAGGAAGACUACACUAUGUAUGGAUGUGAAUAUGGGCUUGCACAGGCAAAUAAAAUUGCAUCUGAGCAUGAAAUGGAUGGACCGUCUUCAGAGAACAUUGAUGAUCAGGAUGUUAUCUGCACAGAUGAGCGUGGACUUGUAGUUUACACUGAACCUUUGGAUUCAAAUGCAUGUGAAGAUGAACAAGCAGCACCUCUUGCUAUUAGCUGUAGUGGAUCCUCUACAUUUGAUGAAAAACUCAAUGCUGUUUUAAGUCAGCCAUAUGAUCAAAAGGAAUAUGAAGAGCUUUGGAGAAAAGCCACUGACCGGAAACCUGUGAGCAGACAAAGACACUUGCGAAGUGCAUCAAAGCGCUAUGUUACAGGGGCAAUUGGGCUGUCGUAUCUCGAUCAUUACCCAGAUCUAGCCGUACAAAUAAACUCUGCUGACUGUGAUGAGAGACUGAGCCUACUGAGAAAAUUCUUCUUCUGGUUGGAGAAUUUAUGCCAUGAGGGAGCCUACAUGCCAUGGAUCUCCAAGCCACUAGCUUGCAAUCCCAUUUCACCUGACGAGUAUGAGCCGACGCCCACUCUCGAGACGUGUGAGGAUGAUCCGUAGGGCAGUGAGCUGAGCUUGGCGCUGGCGGUCUCCUCGCAUCUCUCUGCUACGGGACUGAUCCUUGUUCCGAUGCAUCAAGGCUCCUCACCUAGACACCUACCGUGUGCUCAUAAUUGUUAUGGCACCACCUGAAACCAGAAACUGUAUUGGCCCACUGGGACAUUGAUGCGCCUGCCGUUGGUUUAGCCAGACUGCAAUUACCGAGCUUGCAAUCUUCAGUGUCUACUCGCAGUAGUGCUGCGCUGCUGCUGGUCCGAGGUUUCAUGGCCUCCAAAGCAUCUUGUGAUGUACAUAUAUAUGUGGUCUGUGGUCUGUGGUAAAUGUUUCACUCGACAUCACUAAUCAACCCUUUCUCUGCACAAUUC